AUGGCAUCUCCAUCUCCAAAGAACCAAGAUGAUAUCGAAGCUGCCCCGGACCCCGCUACACUAGAACUAGGCAAAAUCCCAACACCUACGGCUACUACAAUCAAAAACGAUCGUGAUCCCUUCCUCGUCACAUUCGACCAGCCUUACGAUGACGAGAACCCCUUGGACUGGCCGACAGGCCGUAAAUGGAUGGUAACCGAUGUAUUAUCCGCCACGGGCUUCAAUCGUAUCAUGGUCUCGACGAUCAUGGCCCCGGCGUUGUCAACGAUUGCCAAUGAGCUUAAUAUGAGCUCUACCGAGUCCGCUAUGUCCCUCUCCAUAUAUCUCUUAGCAACCGUUUUUGGUCCACCCCUUAUUGGGCCCUUAUCAGAAAUAUAUGGUAGAAAGGUAAUUUUACACACUUCGAAUGUAUGGUUCCUCGUUUGGAAUAUCGUCUGUGGCUUUGCCCCAACCAAGGGCACCCUCAUUGCAGCCCGCUUCCUCGCAGGCUUUGGUGCUAGCGCCAUCUAUUCCCUAGCUGGUGGUGUUUUAGGUGAUGUGUGGAGGCCUGAGCAAAGAGGUAGUUCUCUAGGAGUGUAUUUAAUCAUUCCCCUACUAGGUGCGGCCGUUGGUCCUAUCAUUGGCGGCUUUAUGGCUGAAAGAACUACUUGGAGAUGGAUGUUUUGGGCCACGUCUGUAUUUCAAGCCGUCAUGAUACUGGUCUCUUUCUUUAGUUUCCACGAGUCCUAUGGACCAUUAAUACUCCGACGGCGUGCCCAGCGCCUUCGUAAAGAAACAGGAGAGAGUCGAUACCAUACCCAAGGUGAAAUCAUUGACGGAGAUAGAUCAGCCAUAGCCAUCAUUGUGCGAACUUUAACACGACCACUUCGCCUCCUUAUCCUCCAUCCUAUUAUCCAAGUUUCAGCUGUUCUAUCAGGAUUCAACUAUGGUAUUUUAUAUGUUGUUCUUUCUACGUUCUCCACUCUUUUCACAUCUCAGUAUGGACAAUCAGUCGAAAUCAGUGGACUUCACUACAUUGCCUGUUCACUUGGCGAAUUAGCUGCCUCACAAGUCGGUGCGCCUUUGAUGGACUAUUUAUACAAACGGCUACCUGCACAUAAACAAGCACCAGAGUCUCGAAUGCCAUUAAUGUUUCCCUCCAUCAUUAUCACGUGGGCGGGUGCUUUGAUAUAUGGGUGGACGGCUGCGUACCGACUUCAUUGGAUUAUUGUUGAUAUCGGGGUGUUUAUUAUGUUGUUUGGUAUGCAGUUGGGUGGCUUGCCCAUAACGGCAUACGUUAUUGACACGUAUGGAGACCACACGAGUAGCGCUAUGGCGGCACAGCAGUUCCUCAAGAGCCUGAUGGCUUUCUUAUUCCCAUUAUUUGCACCAAGCAUGUAUUCAAAACUUGGGUAUGGCUGGGGUAAUAGCGUGCUGGCGUUAGCUGGCUUGGUAUUCUCAGUUCCGCUCCCAAUAUUCUUGUGGAAACAUGGAGCAAGACUUAGGGCCAAAGCCGUUUCAACCUACUAA